AUGAUGAAGUCGCCGUUUGAGAAACUGAGGAAUAUCAGACUGCAUAAGGGCUCCCCGAUGGGAAAAUCGGAUCACAAGUUUUUGGUGCAUACGGAUGGGCUAUCUCAAGCUGCAAAGGAUAUGAAAGACAUGAGAACUUGCUAUGAUAGCUUGCUUUCAGCUGCUGCUGCAACAGCAAAUAGUGCUUACGAAUUUUCGGAGUCAUUGCUGGAAAUGGGUAAUUGUCUGCUGGAGAAAACUGCAAUGCAUGAUGAUGGAGAAAGUAGAGUAGUAUUAUCUACGGUGGGAAAAUUACAGCUUGAACUUCAGAAACUAGUUGACAGCUAUCGUUCCCACAUUAUCAUGACAAUCACAAAUCCAUCAGAGUCUCUUCUUAGUGAGCUACGGAAAGUGGAGGAGAUGAAAUUGCAAUGUGACGAGAAAAGAGAUAUGUUUGAAUACAUGGCUGGCCAACUUCGAGAGAAGGGGAGGUGGAAACAUGGUAAAGGGGAGACUUUCACAAAUCGACAAUUGCAAGCUGUUUGUGAAGAAUACGAUGAUGUUGCAAGGCUGUGCAUAUUUCGUGUAGAAUCGUUAAAGCAAGGGCAAAGCCGGAGCCUACUAACUCAAGCAGCUCGUCACCAUGCAGCACAGCAGUUAAAUUUUUUCCGGAAAGGACUUCAAUCUCUCGAAGCAGUCGAACCACGUGUUAGAAAUGUUGCAGAGAAGCAUCGCAUUGAUUAUGAGCUAUCUGACUUGAAUGCAGAAAAUAUGAAUGAUGAAUGGAACAGUUUCGAAAGUAAUGGUUAUGGAGAACUAAGUUUUGAUUUCAGAAAAAACGAGCUGGAGCUGGAUAAAUGCUUCACGUUGAGGAACUCCGUGGAGCCGGAGCAGUUAUGCGCUUCAGGUGCACAAAAAACUAAGACACAAGCAGCUGAAGGGAAGAUAAACAGUAAAGAGAACCAAGGAGACGAUAUGCUGAGUCACCGAUGUCAAGCGAGCAGUUAUUCUGCUCCAAUCUAUAAAGAAAAAAUUGACCUUGCUGAAAGAAUUAAAGAAAUGUUGAGUGCCAUGCCAAAACUGAACAGCAACACACAUGUCCUGCCCACUCCUUCUGAUGCGAAGGCCACCGCCCUUUCAGGUACCACUACCCCAUCUUCUAGAAGCCCCAAAAACACUUGGCAUUCGUCACCUCUGGACACGGAGAAGCAAAAAAAAAUAAUCAACCACAAUUUACCGGACCCGUGUGUUUCUGAAAAUCCUAAAACGUCGCUUGAUGAGAACAUCCAGAACAAGCACUUUCUUCCCGUGCCUUGUCCCCUGACUGAAGGAGCCGACGAGCGUGUCGGAUUUGACACCACUUGGAGAACGAAAAGGCAGUCAUUCUCCGACUCGUUAGCAAGUAAGCCAUCGUCUAACCAUCACCGUUUUAACACGGGUGGGUCCAAUGCCUCGCCCCAGAUUUCCUCCUCUCCCAAGAUAAACGAGCUUCACGAGCUUCCCAGGCCCCCUGAUUCUUGUGGGCCCAAUCUGAAACUAUCCGUGGAAGCCCUCGGCCACUCUGCCCCAUUAGGUAAUAGGAAUCGCCUGGCGAAUUGGAAUCCCUCGAGCCCAUCGAGUGAAGGAUCCCCACUUCCCCUCCCACACCUUACUGUUUCUAGAACUUUCUCCAUACGCUCUAGUGGUCAAAGAGAGGUGGCUUUACCUCCGGGAAAGCUAUUGCAGUCCUCUCAGGUUGUGCAGAAUAUGCAAAUUACUUCCCCUCCAUUAUCCCCUCCAUUAUCACCUCUGUUUUUAUGGAACUUGAGGUCACCAAAUCACGGGCAGAUUAGAGGGAAAGUGAAUAAUGCUCUCAUGCCAGUUGGUUUUUCUGCUUAA